AUGGAGAUUGUUGAUCAGCGAGAUGAUAUCUUCCACGCUUUCGACCUAGUGAAAGGCCCGCCCUUAGGGCGUGGAAGCUCAGGAGAGGUUGUUUUGGCCUCGGCCAAACACGACCCUUCGUUGAAAGUGGCAGUUAAGAUAGUAUAUCUCGAGAGGCAGCUAUGGGAAAACCAGUUCGACGAAGAAGUCGCUUUACUUCGCCAUCUACGCCAUUCUCAUAUCUUGAAGAUCGUAGCUUCGUCAUGGAAUUCGGCCUAUGGCUUCAUUUUCAUGAACUACUACAAGAACGGGACACUUUACGACACCAUGUCAGGACCUGUCAAAGGACCAAGGAUGCUCAGACACACCCUGGAUGUGGCGAGCGCGUUGGAUUACAUCCACACCCGCAACAUCUUUCACCAGGACGUGAAACCGGAGAACAUUUUCUUGGAUACACAGGACCGUGCCAUUCUCGGAGACUUCGGGCUGGCGAUACGAUUGAGGGACAGCGAGGCCAUGGUGGAGGAGUGGGUGUCUACACCCGGCUUUUACGGACCCGAGACGCAGGCUGGUCGGCCCAUGUGCCCAUUCAAGCUGGACAUGUACAGCCUUGGAAUCACCAUGUGGAUGCUUAUCUAUAAACGACACACCGUCGACUUCCACCCGCUAGCCUCGACGGACAACUGCAGCAACAUAAAGGAACCUUACAGGAGGAUCCUACUCCAACUGCUGCAUGAGGAACCCCGUCAACGCUGGAGCGCCGCGGAUUUGUUGAGGUUCAGCGCAUGGAAUUCUCUCCGCGCACCACAGCAGCUGAGCACCGACUAG